CAAGCGGCCGCCCCGGAGCAGGGGGCGGCCCCCACCCCGCCCGGGUGCCUGGCCCCUGGCCCCUGCCUGCCCUCCAGACCGUUACCGCCGCCGCCGCUAUCCCGAGUCUUCCUGCUGCGGGACGUACUAGCCCUGGCUCCAUGGAGUUCGGGCUGCUCAGCGAAGCGGAGGCCCGGAGCCCUGCCCUGUCGCUGUCAGACGCCGGCACUCCCCACCCUCAGCUCCCAGAGCACGGCUGCAAGGGCCAAGAGCACAGCGACUCGGAGAAGGCCUCUGUCUCGCUCCCCAGUGGCUCCCCCGAGGAUGGCUCACUGAAGAAGAAGCAGCGACGGCAGCGCACGCACUUCACCAGCCAGCAACUGCAGGAGCUGGAAGCGACCUUCCAGAGGAACCGCUACCCUGACAUGAGCACACGCGAAGAGAUCGCAGUGUGGACCAACCUCACCGAGGCCCGCGUGCGGGUAUGGUUCAAGAACCGGCGCGCCAAGUGGAGGAAGCGCGAGCGCAGCCAGCAGGCAGAGCUGUGCAAGGGUGGCUUUGCAGCGCCGCUCGGGGGUCUGGUGCCGCCCUAUGAGGAAGUGUACCCCGGCUACUCGUAUGGCAACUGGCCACCCAAGGCGCUCGCCCCGCCGCUCGCCGCCAAGACCUUCCCGUUCGCCUUCAACUCAGUCAACGUGGGGCCUCUGACAUCGCAGCCCGUUUUCUCGCCACCCAGCUCCAUCGCCGCCUCCAUGGUGCCCUCAGCCGCUGCUGCCCCGGGCACUGUACCAGGCCCCGGGGCCCUACAGGGCCUGGGCGGGGCCCCUCCCGGGCUGGCUCCGGGCGCCGUGUCCUCCGGGGCAGUGUCCUGUCCUUACGCCUCGGCCGCCGCAGCCGCAGCUGCAGCCGCCUCUUCUCCCUACGUAUAUCGGGACCCAUGUAACUCGAGCCUGGCCAGCCUGCGGCUCAAAGCCAAACAACACGCCUCUUUCAGCUACCCCGCUGUGCCCGGGCCACCCCCGGCUGCCAACCUUAGUCCAUGCCAGUACGCCGUGGAACGACCCGUAUGAGCGGCGGGCGGGUGGAUCAUCCCUUAGGGUGGGGUCAAUAAUUCACAGCUUCCCCGCACUGGGGUCCUCUAGACUGGUUUGCCCCCGCCCCAGUGUCUGAGAGGGGUUCAUAGGCAGCUGAGAGGCGGCUAGCUCAGGAUCGGUCCUUCCCCCUCCCGGCUCUAAAGGGCGGACUGGGCCCUACAUGCAGAUCACGACCCCGGGACUAAGUCCUGGAAUAGGGACCAGCCCUCCCGGGCCAACUCACCCUUGGUCCAUCCCGCCUUCUCCAGACUCCCUCUACCCCGUUUUCAAAGAUAAAUGAAAUAAAUGUACGCGGACUGUCAAAGGUCUGAUGAUUCAAAGUUGCCGUUGAGCCCUCAUCCCUUCAACCUCCCCCAUUGUCUAAAGGAGAUCCGGAUGCAGAGGAAGGAGGUGAAGGUCCAGGCUUCUGGGGCUUCAGUCCCAUUCACUCCCCUCAAGAAUGGGGAAGCCAGGAUUCCUGGAGCAAAGGGGUGCACGCGUGCGUGGAAUUGAACCAGUCACUUGGCUGGCAUCGGUCAAAGCUGGUGCUGCUUCGCCACCUUGUGGUCUCAGGGAGAACAGCUGGUAGGUCUGGUCUCCAACGCUUGCAAGGAUCAAUUCUGCAACUUAGGAAGCCUACGACUUAUAGAUAACUCCGCCUUUCUGCACCUGUUUCUCACUGUUCCUAUGAGGGGCUUGGGCCUCUAAC